AUGAUUGUAGGCCUUAUUAAACCUCUUAAAUCUACAUCAGAACUGGACGAACAUUUACUGGCCAACCGAUACAGCAAACUUGGUGUCUUUGCUGUCUUGCACUUUAAAAUCUCACAUGACGCGUUAGUUACGGCGCUUUUGGUGUUAGGGGACAGCGCGUUAUUCGCUGUGGCCACAUGGUCCUUCCCUCUUGCCUAUGAGCUUCGAUUGAUUGCUACUCGUUCAAUGGAUCGUGGUGCUGACAAGGAACGAGAGCAAAUUCAAUGGUAUUUACGACGAGUUUGGAUCAUUGUUCUGGUUUUUGUCAUAGUCGAAACGACAGUAGCAGCCGUAAGACGUGGGUACACGACCUAUACGCAGCGAUGUUUGCUUGCUGUAUACUUGGUUCAAUUUGCCAGCUUCUUGUACAUGGUAUGGAACCUUAUGCAUCUUAAGUGUGUCGGCCGAAAGUACGAGAACGUACAGGGUCAGUUUGUCACGUCGCCUAUUUAUCAGAGACUGUCACGAAUCAUGAUGAUCUACGCAAUCUUCACAAUGCAAUUCCAGCUUGCAUCUGUCGUAUUGUAUGCAAUGCCAAAAGAUGAGUAUAAAUUGGUAAAUUUUGUGAGCGUGAGUGCUGCAAUUUACUCGACUUCAGGCUUCGCACUUGCUGUUACAACCAUGUGCAGUCAAAUGUGUGUCCUUGAGUUUUGUCGCUAUUGUUUACCAGAUGAUGUGGAAGCACAAGUUGAAGCACGACUGAUGCAGACUGGAGAAUUUCUUUCACCACAUGAAACACAGGUGCUUGUCGAAUCAGCUGAGCCUCCUCUUGUCAAUCCUGUGUUUGUGUUUACCGAUAUUCAACAGUCCAGUGAUUUAUGGGGUAUUGGUGAUGGAUUGAUCAUGCAACGAGCAACAGAGAUUCACGACAAUAUCUUACGCUCAUUGCUAAUGAAAUACCGAGGCUAUGAAAUCACAACUGCAGGUGACGCAUUUCAAUUAGCAUUUCAUACCAUUCGAGAAGCCAUUGAGUAUUCCUUGGACGUACAAAUGCAGCUCUUAAUUGCACCUUGGCCAAAAGAAUUGCAUGGACUACUACCAGCAACUAAAAAACAGCGUAUUGGUCGCCAUCUUUUAUUUUGUGGUUUACGCGUUCGGAUGGGGAUUCACGAUGCUAUAAACUCAGAUGGACCACUUGUUCUAGACGUACACGCUGUAACCGGUAAAAUGACAUACACAGGGGCUUCUGAAGUUAUAGCAAAUGAAGUUGGUGAUUUAGGUGAUGGUGGUCAGAUUCUCAUCACACGACGUAUUGCUGACUGGCUGUUUAUGUACGCUGAUCUGGUCGCGAUCCCUUGCUCUGUCGAACGUGUAGGAGUGUACACAGUACCGUUAAUCAAUGCGUCAGUCGAAGUAUUUCAGACAUUUCCAACUGUGUUGGCUCAACGCAAGAAAAAGUUUACGACAACACUCAAAAAGCGAGUGACUGUGCAUCCAUAUGGCAGCAAUCAAUCACUUCACGACAGUACGUGUGGAUUAAGCAGCACUGCGAUAGAACGUCGACGGAAUUUAGAUGCAUGGCGAAUACGUCGUCGUCAAUUGGAACAAGGUGCAUUAAGACGCAAUGCAUCAACUCGUUCAUUACUUGGGGAAUAUGAACAUCACCAUGGAUUGAGUGACACGCGUAAUAGUAGCGUGUAA